GAUGAGCCAAUCGGUGUUAAAACGCAACAGGGUCGUUAUAUCGUUUGAAAAUUGUGGUGCACGGAUAUCGAUUAAGUGAGAAAAAUGACACGAGGACUUGUAGAUGUACCACUACCACAAGAGUCGGUCGUUCGUACGGGUCUCGUCUACUGCCGUAGUUUGGCGUGAAAAAUGUCUGAAAUGAUUAGAAACACAGCAGACGACACAUGACGAUGAAUUAAACACCCUCCAAUAAACGCCCUCCAACUCGUUUCGUUUCGUGUUUUGUAUCUGUAAAAAGAUGACAAGUUUUUCUUGGAAGAAUUUUUGGUGUGGGUGUAGCUCCGUCAAAAACGCAUCCCACUCGCUUUCCCACACUAUUCCUGAUAAGUGAACAGGCCAACGCCUAAACCACUAAGCUCUACAGGCUUCUGAUCUGCAUCUGUGUGCCGAUUAAUGUUUCGGUGCCGCAUGAUGAUGAACCCUAAAGAUUAAGCCCCCCUUCAAUCCGUCCCACUCCUCCCAUUGCUACGUCGUUAUUUCAGCCGUGCAAUUUCGUUGCCCUUCACUCUUUCUCUUUGUUAAAACUCUGCAUCUGCUUCAACAUUGCCCACUAUGUGGAGUCAACGCCGAUCUUUGUGAGCACAUGAUUCAUUUUGAUUGAUUGAUCGACCGGAUAUAGUUGAUUGAUCGCGCAACUUAGCAUCUAUCUGCUUGUGAAGACUUGACUGGGAGAACAGCAAAUGCAAUUUGUGGAUUAGCAGGCUCAUGCUUUUUUAUGGAAAUCAAUGUAACCAUGGGCUGGUGCUGGGUAAAACAGUGGUUCUUCUUGUCAACAUUUCCCCUGGGCAAUCCAUCGAUUGAAGUAAUGUAAAAGUUUUUUAUCACGUGCUCCUGCAUGGGUAAAAAACCGCCACUGCUGCGAUUACCACUACUGAGCCGAUUACUUAGACUCCGUCCAACGGUUGUUUUCCAGCUGCUGUACAAAAUGCCUCCAAGAAAUACUAGUACCCCUGUACAAAAUGCUCAAGACAAAAAUGAGACUCCAACAACAUCGGCUACAUCACAUCGUCGUAGUUUCGUGCAAGCUCCUGGCGCAGCUGCUUUAGGUGCUGACACGACUGCUCGGGAACGACAGAAGAAUCGUGUGUCGUUUGCACCAGAUGUCGUGGAGGUUGAAGGAAAUUGUUGUGGGGGGGAAGGAAAUCUUCCUCCUCCACUUCUCACUUCUUCAACUACUACUUUUACAGGAGCUAUUAUAGACCACGAGAUGGAACAAGUAUUAAGGGUAGGUUAAAGGUGCUUUUCUUACCGCUUUUUAUGCCUUCCUAAGGGAGAAAGGCAUAAAAAGCGGGGUAAGCAAGCACCAAAAGCCUACCUCUAAAAGUAGGCAGAAAGUACGAGGAGGACUCACCAUCAGGUCGUCUAGAAGAAGGCACAAAGAAUGAGAUACACUUAUCUUCGACAUGGAGUGCAAGCUGGUUCAAGGAGCUGUCUUCUUCAUGGUCCUCGUCCUCAACCAGGGAAGUAGAUUACGAAGAUUUAAGGCCGCUCAAAGCUGCAAUUCCUUGUUUCUACAAGUGUGAGUGUGAUGAUCUUUCUCCCGUUAAUUAUUUCGUUCUUAGGACAAGAAUUCUUGGGACGAGAGUAAAUGAAGAGGCCAAGAAAUGAAAUGUUUUGAGUCCUCCUCUAAGAGAUGAUCAUGAUAUUUGCCGAUUACAGCAAGUAGUGAAGAUGCGUUAUUUCGCUCUGGGUGCGAUGACAUCAGCGGUUGACGUGUUGUUUUCAGUGAUUGCAGGUGUAGUCACGAACUCACUGACUAUCCAAUCUGAUGCGCUUGCGUCACUGGCAAUGUUUGUGUUAAGGGUCGUUUCCACGAUAUUGCAUCCCGCACGACUACCAUUCUUGACUUGUUUCCCAAUUAUUCAGGAACGAAGAGUGAAGGAAGUUCUUGUUGUGACGAAUGCAAUACAUAGUGCAGCCACUAACGGCAUCAGCGGUGUUCGUCUACUACAUCGAAUGGCUUAAGCAAGGGGGAGCAUUAACAUCUUCCUCUUUGAAAAGAGUAACUGGUGACUAUACUAGCUGGGUUAGGAAGGAUUUUGUGAUGGAGAACUACAAGAAGUCAGAAGUAAAAACUACAGAAACCAACGAGAAGAAAAAAGAAGAAGAAGAAAAUGAAGAAGAAGAAAAAGAAGAAGAAGUACAAGGUGGCAUCAAUACUAGUAGAGCAGGAACACGGCCAGGAACAUCAGCAGAUGCAGAGAAUGACGAGAGCACUUUGAAGACAAAAGCUGGAGUCAGGUCGGAUGCAACGAGAGUAAGUGCAUCUCCUCGUCCAGUCGUUUCGGAACGCUAUAUCAAAGUUCUGGAUUUGACUGGACUACUUCUCUGCUUUCUUUUACUUGUUGCCGUCACGACCUUCGGUCUCUAUGAGGCGAGCCGGGAUCUAGACCUGCUGCAAGACCUGCAGAAAGAUGCGAGACCCCGUCUGUUUGCUGAUGUUGAUCAUGAAAAUACAGCAGAAAUCGCUAAGUUAAGGCUCACGACAAAAAUUAAGACUUAUUCUAAUAUCUCUAAUCUGAUUAGAAUAGCAGGUAGACGUUCUUUUGCACUGUUCUCUCUGCUUCAAAGCUUAUUCCCAGAGUAUCUCUCUUUCUUUCCUUCUCAGAAUUUUCUGAAGAGAUGAACUCCUCAAAAAGUGAUUAUCUCACGCUUUACUCGGUAAUAUUGUCAGCGCUAAGCAAAGCAGUGGAAGAAAAUGAGGAGCAAGACGAUGGUGGACAGGAAGUGGUGAGCAGAGCUAAAACUUCCUGGAACGAUCCGAAGCCACAGCUUCCGAGUACGGAACAAAUUGGCAGAAGUCAUGACGUUGUUUUUAGUGAGGGUGAUACUUCAACAUCAUUCAGCGAACACAGACAGGGACAAGUGACUGAGCAAAAUAUAGCUGUUUCUUCACCUACCUUAUCAUCCAGCCAACAACUACAUUUAAGGGUUCGUUUCCACAUUGCGUCCUUCACAACUGCCAUGCUUGACCCCUUUCCACGGAGGAAAUAGCUCAAGGAUGUUCUGAAGGGUGCAAGUCGGCAAGCUGUAAUACAUCAACGGGAAAAAGCAGAUACUUCUUCACCUACUUUAUCAUCCAGGGAACACCAACAACUACGACAGGAGGCUGUCACUAGUUCUGGCACUAGUUCUCUCACUGCUUCGAGGAGGACGAGCACUGCUGUGCAACUUCUACAGCGCUCUGAUGCCACAGAAGACAUCUCCGCAACAGGAGACAUCUCCGCUUCUCUAGCAGCAGACUUAUGGUCACAGCUUUUAUUCAUCUCACUCAGCAUGACAGACCGUCUUGACACCCUUAUUUUGCGCUGUCUACAUAUUAAAGUAUUCCCUUGUGAAAUACAAGGAAAAUGGGGUCGAGAUGAGGAGACCACCGAGAUGAAUAAAAGGGAACGCUAACAAAUGCAGACUCGUACUUCUCGAUUCCAAUAGGUCCCACAAUAAGCCGCGAUAACAAGGAAGAAAACAAAAGAUCAUCUUCUAUUAGAAAGAGUGAAGAUGUAGAUGCAAGCCUAGUCAGCCGAGAAGAUGCAAGCCCAAACCGUCAAGAACGGGAGUCACCUACUCAGCGCCCUAGAAGGACGAUGGAACAGAUGCUUCAAAGAACACGAGAAAAACUAGCUGUCCUAAGACAAGUUCAAUUACCUCAUACUCUCGAUUACCUGGCUUUUUAUGCUUUGUUGUUAAGGCUCAGACUUGCUUCAAGUAGACAGCAAUAGGUACUUACACAAAAAGAGGUACUAUCUAUCGUGAAAAAAUGUUGACAUGUUGGUGGUCAGCACUGAAGUAGCGAGAGGUAGUAGAUUGUCCUUUCAAAAUCAGUGGCCAAUGACUUUCGACCUUUAAUGUUGGAAUUGGCGUUUUCGCUGUUUCAGUUUUGGGUCUUCUAUCGAUUGCGCCGAGUCUUGCUAUGGGGUGGAGAUGAUAAAGAAGAAGAUACGGAGAGAAAGAAUUCUUGUGAGGAACAAAAUUCGAAGAAGAUGUCCUCGAGCUCUCGAACAACUACGACUAGCAGAACAACAUCAACUAGAAGUUGUACAUCAUCUUCAUCUAGUACUGUGUUGAGAACUAGUACUUCCAGCAAUUAUGCAGGAAAUAUAGGAACUAGCCUAGGAUCCAGGACUAAAAGUAGUAGUAUUAAGGCUCAGCUUUCAAUGGUCAUUGGGGUUGGUCACUGGCGACCCCUUCUUGAGAGAACCAACAGGGGAAAUAUACGAAGGGAACAAAGGGGAGAGCUUUGAAGGAGGUCCCUUCCGUUCCGAGUCAUGGUGACCAUUGAAGGCUGAGCUUUAAUAGUAGUAGUAGUAAUAGCACGAAAGACCCGUUGGUGGAGAAGAAUAGCAGUACAAAGAAUAGCAGGGUUUCGAACAGCUCAUCUCUCCGCGUACGUCCUAGUGCAACUGUGCUCGGAUAUCUGCUGCACGUGGUGAUAGAUAUCCUCCGAAGCUUGCUUUUCGUAGUGUUCGCUUUUUGCGCCUGCAUGGACUCUGCGCAUUUUCAUGAUGACGCCGCGAGACGUGAACGGCUGAUACGCCUCGAUGUGAGGGGAACGUACUACGUUGUCCUCGUCGUUGCUCUCUCGGCAGUUCCAGUUUGUCAUGAGAUUGUGACGAGAAUAAAGAGUCUGCUUGUGCUGGCGUCGGAAUAA